AUGUCUUUGCUUAGUCCACGCACAUAUCCAGUCGAAAAAUAUGGCAGCGUUUCUAAGGCAUGGCGUUUUCAAAACAGGACGAGUUGUCUCUUCAAAAAACGUACUUUUGAGGUCCUUUGCCACGAAAGCUGAGAAGAAGAAAGGAAUCGACAGAAAAGUUGGCCCAAAAAUAGACUCCACAGCUCAAUCUUUAGCUUCUAAAGGGUUUUUGCGGCAACAACGAGAUUAUUUUCCACCUGCAGAUGUUGAUUCCAAGUUAGAAGCAAUUUUCCAGGCCGUCGUCGGUAGUACAGAUAUAUCUACCGAACUCACAGAUCUUAAUCAAAAGUUCAAUUUAUUCACUCAAUGUGAACAAAAACUGGGCCAUAGUAUUCCUAAUUCGUUACUUCAUCAUAUGAAAACAUUAAAGGACGUGCAAAUUUUCUAUAACAUGCCCGUAGAUACUAGAACACCAUUAGAACGAAUGAAAUCCAUGGACUUACCAGAAAAUUUAAAUGUUCAGUAUGAAUAUAACCGAUUUAAUGCUGAUACCGAUACAAUGUUUGGAGGAAAAACUGCAUUCCCUAAGAGCUCUACAAUUGUUACAGGAUUAAAGUACAAAGAUAAGUACAAGGGACAAAAGCAACCAUUGCCUAUAUUUUAGUAAUUUUUCUAGGAAAUAAAGAUAUUUAAUAUU